ACAAAGUGAAACCGGAAAUGGGCUCCGUCCUGCUGAGCCUCUCGCUGACUGUUUGCGCAGCUUGAGGCGCUUUGAUGGCGUAAAAUAACAGAAUAAACACCACGAGAAAGCAGAAACACGGCACUGCUCUGUUCGUUGCGCCUCAAAAAUCAUUUUGGCUCACUUUCUGACUCUGACGUGUUUCCCCCGCCCCGAGCGCAGCCACUUCCGGAAAGAUGACCACAAGAGUAUCGUUAGGGAAGAAGUACUUCAUUCUUCUAACUGGAAAGACAUUGAAGUCUGAUGAACACUUCAUAACUCGGCUCAAAAAUGAAGCAAACUGGCUGGAGAAGGUGGAGACAGUGAGUGCGUGUGAUUUCAUUCUGGCUUUCUGCCCUGUCGUUUCACAAGCUGGAACUGACAUUGAAGCAGCCGUGAAAAAGCUUCAUGAUACUUCAGCUACAAAACCUGCUGUUCUGGUGGUGCUCCAUCACACAUUUGAUCCAGAGUAUGUUGCACCAGACAGCAGCAGAGCUGUAAACACAAAGAAUAUAAUCACCUUCGACUGUCUGUUCCAUGAAGAUCAGGGAUUACUGCAGUGCAAGAAAAAUGAUGAUGUCUUUGAGUCCAUUAAAAUGCAGACAGAACCACCGAUGCAAAAAGCAUUAAUGCGCUUGAAAGAAUGGAAAACUAAAAUCAGGGGUAAUGAACAAGGACCUUCCUCUCAGAUGCAAAAAUCAGCCAUCAACUUCAAAGAAUGGGGCCGUAAAAUCAGGGGUAAUGAACAAGGACCUUCCUCUCAGCCAUGUGACCCAGGGGACAGUCAGGCCAAUCAGAAGAUACCUGAAUAUGAACAUGCUUCUGAAAAACUUGACAUAGCGAUUACACAAUUGGAAACAUUUGAAAAGGAAGAAGUUGAAAAGAAAAUGGAGUCACUUCUGAAUGCAGGAAAGAUGACCACAACAGUAUCGUUAGGGAAGAAGUACUUCAUUCUUCUAACUGGAAAGACAUUGAAGUCUGAUGAACACUUCGUAACUCGGCUCAAAAAUGAAGCAAACUGGCUGGAGAAGGUGGAGACAGUGAGUGCGUGUGAUUUCAUUCUGGCUUUCUGCCCUGUCGUUUCACAAGCUGGAACUGACAUUGAAGCAGCCGUGAAAAAGCUUCAUGAUACUUCAGCCACAAAACCUGCUGUUCUGGUGGUGCUCCAUCACACGUUUGAUCCAGAGUAUGUUGCACCAGACAGCAGCAGAGCUGUAAACACAACGAAUAUAAUCACCUUCGACUGUCUGUUCCAUGAAGAUCAGGGAUUACUGCAGUGCAAGAAAAAUGAUGACAUCUUUAAACACAUUAAAAUGCAGACAGAACCACCGAUGCAAAAAGAAUUAAUGUUCUUGAAAGGAUUAUCCAGAAGUGACAGUAGUAAUGAGCAAGGACCUUCCUCCCAGGAGCCAUGGUUUCCUUGGUCAGGUAAUCCAUGUAAUGUAUCUAUUUUAAAUGAUUAUAGUUUCUGCACAUUUAGAAGGGAUCACAAUAAAAAUGUGCUGUUGUUGCUAUUAAUUUGUUAUUAUUUAACUAUUCCAAUAGUUUCAGGUUGGUUGCCGUCUUGGCCUUUUCCUGCUGGAUGCACUACGGUCACAAAUCAGCAAGAAGACAAGACAGAAAAGAUGCAGGCGCUGAAGACGAAUGAGAAUGACUUUUCUGAAGUCAGGUUGGUGGUGUUGGGGAAAAAGGACUCUGGGAAAAAUUCAGCAAAAAACACCAUCCUGGGCAAACAGGAGAGCGGCCAGGCUGCUGCAUCUACAGCUGCAUCUCAAUCCACCCAGCACAGUGACAGCGCACAGGGGGAGGUGGCUGGGAGGAAGGUGACUGUAGUCGACACUCCUGACUGGUUCUUUUCUCGACUGUCUUGGGAGAAACUAAGAGAAGACAUGGAACACUGUGUCCAACUGUCUCAGCCAGGACCUCAUGCCUUCCUCCUGGUCAUACCUGUAAAACAUUCAGAAGAAAAAGUAGUUGAUAUCAAAGAGGAAUUGAAUGUGAUGGAAAAGAUUUUUGGAGAGCACUGUUUCAGACACACCAUGAUACUUUUCACUAUUACUGAUGAAAGUCAGAAGAGUGAGAAAUCAAUCCAAUCAGGAGACCAGAGAUUUGUAGAGAAAUAUGGGAACAGGUUUCACUUUCUUAACAUUCAGGAUAGUGGAGAUGGUUCUCAGGUCUUUGAGCUGCUUGAGAAGAUAAAGAAAAUGGUGGAUGGAAGCAGCGAGAAAUUCUACAGCAAUGAGAUUUAUCUGAAGACUCUAGCUUGGAUGAGAAAGAUUAAGAUGAGUGAGAUGCUAGAGAACCUUGAUGACCCAGCAACUGAAGUGAUGACAAACAUGAAACAAGAGAAGUUAAAUAUGGAGGCAGAGAGAAGCAACAUGAAGACUUCCUUACAUGAACUCUGGAGAAGUGUUUUGAGUUCUCGUAUGCAAGAAGAGAUUGAACAAAAGGACGGAAAGCUUGAGGAAAUGAAAAGACAGCUUGAGGAGAAGGACAGAAAGCUUGAGGAAAUGAAAAGACAGCUUGAGGAGAAGGACAGACAGCUUGAGGAAUUCAAGAAGGAUGCAUUUUAUAUCCUUUAGGAUGCAUAAAUUAGCUUCUAAAUCCUCUUUACAGUAGCCCAAGAUUUCAGUACACUUUUCCCUUUCCCAGUUAAAUAUUUGUCCUGUGUAAUGCUAAAUAAUCUAAAAUAGAAUGCAGUGUUAUAUGUAGUAGAGAAUGAGUAAUCAAAGUAUUAGACUAUUAAAGUAGAGAAUGCUACCAGCUCAGCCCUGAAUGCCCUACCUGAUUUUCCAAUUGUGAUUAGUCACACUCUCGCACACACUUUCAGAGAUGUCUAAACAAAGCAGCCAAUAAGACCAGACAUGAUAGAAUAAGGAAUGAAGAAAUAAGGAGAAUAGUGGGCACAAGAUCAAUCCAUGAUCACGUUCAACAACAACGUAUCAAAUGGUUUGGCCGUCUCAGUAGGAUGUGAAUCCAUCAUCAUGCUUUUAGAGCCUACAACAAAAGGAGCUCAGAGACCUGAGCUUGAGGGUGGCCUCGCAAAUGCUGAAUUGAUGGCGUGAGGGAAACCCUCAGAACCUAUGACCUGUCUACUACAGAAGCUGCCCACCAUGCCCUUGACCGGUGUCUCCAACUCCCUGUGACACCUCAAAGUACAAGCAGAAGAUAAAAGAUGAUGAUUAGUCACUGUCCUACUUGUUAGAUUGCAUGAAUGAACACACACGCGCACCUUCAUUUGUCUAUUGUGUUGUAAAAUCUUGCAUAUCUAUAUACACACAAGUUCCAUUUUUCAAAACUGUCUCCCAGUCCAGUGGUGUACUAAUUUAUCUCCUACUUUCCUCGCUCUAACCCAAGUGAUACAGUAUGAUAUUGAUUGGCUCUUGCAUAAGUUGAAAUAAACAGAAGUUGUGGAAA